AUGGCCGACGGAAUCGCCCCAGCCCUUGACAAAGUCGGCGCGCCUGAGCCUUCUGCUCCCGAGGCCCAGGCUGGCGCCCCGACGCUGGAUGCGCCUCCCGCUCCUCACCUCGCCGUCUGCCCUCCCGCGCCCCCUGGCUACCAGCCCAAGCCGGACGCGGCCGAGCAGAACAAGGCCGGUAUCCCCGAUGGCGCCGGCCCGGCGCUUGCGGCCCCGCGGCCCGUCGAGAUCCAGUCCGUGCCUGAGACUCCUGUCAAUGGAGCAACUCCCGCUGGCGGCACGCCCCGGCCGGAGCUCAAGAUUGGCGACGAAUCGUCAGCCCAGGACUCGCCCAAGGAGCCUGUCGUGAUGACGGGCAUCAACGAGCCUGCCCCCACGCCUACGGCUUCUGUGCCCACCAGCGUGCCGUCUGGAGUCGAGACCCCAGCAAACUCGCUUGUCAACGGCGGCAGCCAGCCAAUCCCCAGUGAGCCUGCCGUCGCGAAAGAGCCUCCUCCCCCUGCAAGCGAGCCGGUUAUCCCCGCCACGCACACGGGGCCUGCUGCGGAGCCCGUCCCGGCACCGGCUCCCGCCCCUGCCCCGGACGCGGUCUCGGACCCUGUUUUGCCUGUCAAUGCCGAGCCUUCGCGGCCUGCCGAGCCCGUCGUCGAGCAGGACAUCCCCCCCGCUCCCGGCCGUCCUGGCAAUGGCAUCACGCCCGCUGAGCCGGGCAAGCCGGCCUUGUCCCUCGACGAGCCUGCGGUCGGCGAAAAGCGCAAGUUUGACGACGCGGCGACUUCGGCACCCGCUCCCCAGGCCGCCCCGGCGCCCGCCACAGAGGGCCCCGUCAUUCCCCUGACGGACGACAAGACAGAUCUGCCCCCGAAGCCGGUCCCGGCUCAGGACGACCAGCCUACGGACAAGAGGCCCCGGGUCGAUGACGGCGCCGCGCAAAUCAAUGGCGGCAACAACAACAACAACAACAACAACAACAACAACAACAACAACAGCACCUCCUCCAACGGAAACGCCAAGCCCGGCCCGGGACGGCCCAGGAAGGACAAGAAGGCCGCUGCCCCUCCCCCCGUCGGCCGGACGGCGCGCAAAACACGCAGCCAGGGCCCCGCCGAUGUCUGA